AUGAUCAUCAAUUCUGUAACUUGGUUGAAUGUUAUUUGCAUGAAUUAUGAAUGCGACAAGAGUUCUCAUGCUUGUAAAGACUUGCGUACAACGGUUGAGGCAAAAGGAGCAUGUAAAAGAGAAUCCAAAAUAAAUCAAGCCAGUGAACUGCGUCAACAUCUACCAACGCACACGGGUGAGAAACCCUUUGAGUGCACCGUGUGCCACAAGAAAUUUUCGGUUGCCAGUACUCUUCGUAGACAUCUACUAACGCACACGGGCGAGAAACCAUUCCAGUGCACUGUCUGCAACAAGAAAUUUGCGCAAGUCAGUGAUCUGAGACGACAUUUAGUUACGCACACGAGCGAGAAACCAUUUCAGUGCACUGUGUGCAACAAGAAAUUUGCGGAUGCCAGUAAUCUUCGUAGACAUCUACUAACGCACACGGGCGAGAAACCAUUUGAGUGCACUGUGUGCAACAAAAAAUUUAAGCAAGCCAGUGAACUGCGUCAACAUCUACCAACGCACACGGGUGAGAAACCCUUUGAGUGCACUGUGUGCAACAAAAAAUUUAAGCAAGCCAGUGAACUGCGUCAACAUCUACCAACGCACACGGGUGAGAAACCCUUUGAGUGCACUGUAUGUGACAAGAAAUUUGCGCAACGAGCGCAUCUCCGUGCACAUUUCCGAACUCACACAGGCGAGAAACCAUUUGAGUGCACUGUGUGCAUCAAGAAAUUUGCGCAAGCCGGUGACUUGAGACGGCAUCUACUAACGCACACGGGCGAGAAGCCAUUUAAAUGCACUGUGUGCAACAAAAAAUUUAAGCAAGCCAGUGAACUGCGUCAACAUCUACCAACGCACACGGGUGAGAAACCCUUUGAGUGCACUGUGUGCAACAAGAAAUUUGCGCAAAAUGCGAAUCUCCGUUCACAUUUUCGAACUCACACGGGUGAGAAACCAUUUGAGUGCACUGUGUGCAACAAAAAAUAUCCGCGUUCUAGUCAUUUGAGAAGACAUGUACUAACGCACACGGGUGAGAAAUCAUUUGAGUGCAAUGUGUGCAACAAGAAAUUUGCGCGGCCCAGAGACCUGAGACGACAUUUACAAACGCAUACGGGCGAGAAGCCAUUUGAGUGAACAUUCUGCCAGAAGACGUUUGCUGGCAGAAAUACUUUGCCAACCCACACUCAUAGGCACACGGGAGGGAAACCUUUUGAGUGUACUGAGUGUAAAAGAAAAUUUUCUACAACCGGAGGUCUGCGUUCACAUCUAAUAAUGCACUCGAUAGAGAAACCCUCUGAAGAGCAUCACUUGAGUCUUUUGGCUCAUGAAUAAUAUUCCACACAGGUCAUUUUUACCAAGGUAAACCCGCAUCAUUGACUUCUACGCGAACCCUCACAGGGCAGGAGCUCUUGAUUCCAAUCUCUUUCAUUUUGUGUUUUAUUAUACCCAUUUGUAAAAUAAGGUUAAAUGCUCUUUGGAUAUUAACUAUCAAUGUGACAAGAGUUCCCUUGCUUGUACAAUAAAUACUUGCAUACGGUGAAGCACAAGGACUAUGUGAAAAAAGAAUCCUAAAUA